AUGGUUGGGCCUAGAAAAUGUAUUGGGUUGACCUAUGUAAUUGACAACAUGCAGAAGAAGACCAACCGAACCCCAAAAACACGAGAGAAACAUAGCACAGAAUCGAGCUUAUUAGUGACAAGACAGUCCAUCCAGAAAUGGACAACUCUUUCAAAUGAUACAUGCAAAUAUGCGUCCACGAACCAGAUGAAGAUCCCUUCGCAAGUUGGCCGGGCCAGGAAUCCGUGA